AUGGAUUCAUCAGCGUCGAUGCCAUGCCUUUCUCGGUUUAGUGCGAGAGAAAUCGGAAGCAGUGAUGAUUAUGUGAUUCCUUACGGUGAUUGGUUCAGAUAUGUUUCAUGCCCUCAUUACCUAGCUGAGAUAGUGAUAUAUGCUGGUAUUCUGGUUGCUAGUGGAUGCUCUGACAUUACAGUGUGGUUGCUUUUUAUCUUUGUGGCGAAUCUUGUGUUUGCAGCAGCAGAUACUCAACAAUGGUAUUUAAGAAAAUUUGACAACUACCCUAGAGAGCGUUAUGCUAUAAUUCCAUGUCGGAAAUCUUCCUCCUACUAUGUUGCUGACGUCAUCCACCAAUUUUCAGGAUACAUCGGCGUUGUUUUCCCCAAUAUAGAGGUCAGUAAGAAGUGGAAGUCUUGUUUGACAACUGAGCCUAGCAUUUCAAAGAAAUCAUAG